CCGUGGAAGGAACAACAGCGGGGGCUGUGGCUCAGUAUGUGUGUAACCAAGGUUACCAAAUCAUGGGAUUUGCCAAUCGCACGUGCGGUAACGAUGGUAACUGGAUUGGUGUCCCUCCCUCCUGCAAAAUACUCGACUGCGGCAAUGUACCGACGGUUCAGUUCGGCACGUUGUCCUACUCGCCUAACACCGAGUACGGCUCCUCCGUGAUCUACUCUUGCGACUCGGCCAGCGGGUACGGUCUGGAUGGCGUGACCUCUCGCGUAUGUGAGGCAACUGGAAAGUGGAGCGCGACUCAGCCUUCCUGUAAAUUAUUGGACUGUGGGGCACCAAAGCCUCUUCAGAACGGGCGCUACACGCAUGGCAACACGGUGGUAAACCAUACUGUCACUUAUUCCUGCAACACUGGGUACGGACUUGUCGGUGACCCUACGGUGGAGUGUCAAACGACCGGAUACUGGGGCACGUUGCCUACUUGUAGUUUAGACUGUGCCAACGCGCCGACGGUGUCACACGCCACAGUUGUCGUUCCGUCGGGAACACUUGUUGGCGCCCACGCCACUUACACUUGUAACAGCGGGUACGUGCUGAGCGGAAGUGCUGCUAUCCAGUGUCAGAUCGACGGCGAAUGGUCCAAGUUACCCAUCUGCUAUAUAGUAACCAUCGCGUACAAUCAGCCCUGCAUGUCGACCUCCCAGUGCUCAACUGACCAGUCCACCUGCCGAUCGGACAGUGGUCAAAACAAGUGUCUGUGUGCUGCCAGCGGGGAAAUGUACGAUGUGCAAACAGACACUUGUCUCAAAGUGUGCGGCGCCCUCCCGGAUAUUAUGUACGGUACCGUGGUCAACCCGACCAUCCCCUCGGCCGGCCAGAUCGCCGUGUACUCGUGCAACGCCGGAUAUGCGCUGGACGGCACUUCGAUCCGCACGUGCCAAUCGAACGGGCAGUGGAGCAGCUCGGAACCAGAGUGCACAUUUGGCUGUCCGUACCCGGAGAGUCCACUUAACGGGUACGCCAACGUCUCGGACGGAAUUGUGGCGGGAAACAGGUUGCAGUACUGGUGCAUGACGGGAUACACGCUGGUUGGCGAGGAGUUCCGAAUUUGCGAGGAUGACUCCACGUGGAGCGGCGUGGAACCAAAAUGCGCUAUUGAAUGCGAAGAGUUGCCGCCAAUCGAGAACGGCUACAUCGACAAGUCUGCCGGAAGUUGGGAGGGUGCCACGGUGAUCUACGUGUGCAACAACGACUACGCGUUGGUCGGCGACUCCACGCGCUCUUGUGAAUACACGGGGAAAUGGAGCGGUCUGGCACCCACGUGCCUUUUUGCGAUAUUCCCCGACAUCGUUCUGGUACUCGGCAGCAUGUUUUUAUUCAUCGUCCUCGUUGACAUAUUCGUCCUCGUCUUCUUCCUGUACUAUAAAUACCACAAGAAAAAGGAGGAAAUCAAGUUUGAAGAUCUGGAAAAGAAAGAAGACGAGGAAAAAGAUGACGAGGAUGAAAAAAGUUUUGAUGACACAAUGGUUAAACCGCCGGGAUUUUCGAUAUACAGUAAGAAGCCCAACGCUCCCCAGGCAUUCGAUGAGGAUGAAGCUCCCCAUCCGCCACCCAAACCCGCGAUUAAGUCGAAGAUCCUGUCGAUGUCCACAUUGAGGAAGUCCGGGUCGGCGCUGAGAAGCGUCUUCAAUAGGGUCCGGAAAUAUAAACCGGAAGUAGAGGAGCCCAGUAAAGAUGACCGCUCGUUCACUGGAAAACAGGCGGGCUUCGUGUCGCCCGCGCUUGGGAACUUAUCGGGGGACCGUUUCAGGGGAACGCCCGGUCUAUUUCGGGCUGACGAAGCCAGGGACAACGGGUACCAGACCGAAUAUAGCGACGAGCACAACGUUUCCUUCGACUCAUCAAUAGAAGACCUUAAUGCUUAAAUAAACAUUGUUGCCAAACAGAGCAUGCAUAGGCUUUGCAAAUGAAAAUUGCAUUUGUCUCACUUGUCCAUUACCAGAUUGAAUGAAGCGGACUGACGGUC